CCGGAAGUGUUUUGUUGGCCAUGAACUGACUCGCAGCUAGCCAUGUAGCUUUUUGUCAUACUCCUGUGGGUCCUUUUGCGUUCCUGGCAUAAUCAUACUGGCACAUUUGUGGAUUAUGUCUACUGAAAUGGAUAUUUUUAGAGACGAAGAAGCGCACGAUCUGAAGUACAAACGGGGCGGGCGUUUGGACAUGAGCCACGGUUUCCUGCACCAUAUCCGCAGGAACCAGAUUGCCAGAGAUGACUAUGACAAAGAGGUGAAGUUAGCCAAAAAAGCUCAACGGAGGAGGCACACCACAACUCCUCAACGACCCAGGCGACCUGACAUUCAGGUUUACCAUCCCCGACAAAGACAUGAAUCUGAACCUCAGGCGAGCACCGAGGCAGAAGAGUGGAAUGAGAGCAGCUCAAGCACCGAGACAGAAAUGCAGGGAACCGAACUGUUCUGGCUCGACUAUCAGGCGGACUCUGGGACCAUAACAUCCUUCAUUGUGCACAAGGACGAUAAGCCAUCAAGGGUGGUAGAACGCGUCGCUGAAAAGAACGUCCUGGAUUUAGCCAUGAGGGCAGUCCUGGAGGUCCGCAUUCGAAAGGAGAUGGACAAAAGGAGAGAUAAACGCUGAUCGAGGAUUGUUAAGUGUGUAGUUUGCAACAGCCGCACGGUA